AUGAAUGUAAGGACGAGUGCCAAAAAGCAACAAUAUUCAAAGUGUUGCAAGCAACUCACUGAUCCAACUACACUCAAACUACUGCUAGAUCUCGAACCCAUCUGCACCAAUAUUGCAAGAGUAUUUGACAAUCACAUGAUAGAUGGUAGCCUCAAUACCAAGAUUGAUGAAGGUAGAAUAUGGGCAGGAGUGGAAGUGCUGAUGGACAGAGGUGGUGGCUUGAGCAUUGGCAGAGGUGAAUGUGGAAGAGGUGGAGGCCCCACUGGGGUUAUGGAAGAGAGUGAAGGGAUGGUUGGGGCACUGGAAUCAAAACCGAAUGCAUUGUUCGAGUGCAGCAUGACUGCUGGCCAUAUCAAUAGUGCCCUCAUCUUGGCAAUUUGGUGUUUGGGGGAUGCAGAGUCUGGGAGGUGUGAGUGCAUAACUGGGUGGAAGAAGGAACUUGGCAUUUGGGGGUUGCAUAAUGAAGUGGGCACAUAA